CUUCUUCCCAGCAACCCACUCCGCAGAUCUGUCCCUCUGCCAUUUCCCAUUUCCCCACCACUCUUCUGAACCCUUCUAUCUUCAUAGAUCCAAGAACUUCAGCAUUUCACCAUAAAUUUCUUCUUUCCCGAUUAAUGCGUUUUCAGUUUGGUUGAAUUUGCUGCCCUGCCGGCAAAUAUUGCGGGGCAGGGCCUGUGGCAGAAGUUGAAAGAAAUGGGGUAUAUUGGAGCUCAUGGAGUGGCAGCAUUGCAUAGAUAUAAGUACAGCGGGGCGGAUCAUUCUUAUUUAGCUAAAUAUGUAUUGCAGCCCUUCUGGAGUCGAUUCGUUAACUUCUUUCCUUUGUGGAUGCCGCCAAACAUGAUUACCCUGACAGGAUUUCUAUUCCUAGUGACAUCUGCCUUACUUGGCUAUAUGUAUUCUCCUCAACUCGAUUCACCUCCACCUAGAUGGGUUCACUUGGCGCAUGGAUUACUUCUAUUUCUAUACCAGACCUUUGAUGCUGUUGACGGCAAGCAAGCAAGGCGAACGAAUUCUUCCAGUCCACUCGGGGAGCUUUUUGAUCAUGGAUGUGAUGCUCUUGCCUGCGCGUUUGAAACCAUGGCGUUUGGGAGCACUGCUAUGUGUGGGAGAGAUUCUUUCUGGUUCUGGGUUCUCUCGGCUGUUCCAUUUUAUGGUGCUACAUGGGAGCACUUUUUCACCAAUACUCUUAUUCUUCCAGUAAUUAAUGGGCCUACGGAGGGUCUCUUUCUGAUCUAUAUGUGCCAUUUCUUCACAUUCCUUGUUGGUGCUGAGUGGUGGAUUCAGCUUUUUGGGAAGUCUUUUCCAUUUUUGGGCUGGGUUCCAUAUCUUAGUGAUAUCCCGACAUAUAAAGCUGUUCUAUAUAUGAUGAUAGCUUUUGGUUGCAUACCAACUGUUUUAUACAACAUCUCUAAUGUAUAUAAUGUGGUUCGAGUGAGGAAAGGGAAUAUGGUGCUUGCCUUAGCUAUGCAUUACCCUUUUGUUGUACUCAUGGUGGGAGUGCUAACAUGGGAUUAUUUGUCUCCAUCCGAUUUAAUGGGAAGAUAUCCGCAUUUAGUUAUUCUUGCAACCGGACUUGCAUUUGGUUUCCUUGUGGGACGGAUGAUCUUGGCUCACUUAUGUGAUGAACCCAAGGGCUUGAAAACUAAUAUGUGCAUGUCUCUGGUGUACCUUCCGUUUGCCAUUGCCAAUGCACUUACAGCCAAACUGAAUGACGGAGUCCCUUUAGUUGACGAGUUCUGGGUUCUUCUUGGUUUCUGCAUAUACACAGUUGGGCUUUAUUUACACUUCGCCACAUCUGUCAUUCAUGAAAUUACUACCGCCUUGGGUAUUUACUGCUUCAGGAUAACAAGGAAGGAAGCUUGAUGCGCAGAUUCUGCCUGUUAUGGCAGGGAAAACGAAGAAAUCCUGAGGGUUUGCUCGGAAAUUUUUUUUAUGGUAUCAAUCGCGAGUUUCCAAGCUGAGAUCCAUUCCAGGGGUUACUGGCAAUCCUCCGCGAUCAAACAUGUAGUCCGAUGGGAAGUGACGAUGCGCUGAUGAUGUUUAGACAGUUAAGAAUAUAUUGGGAUUGGGAUUGAUUAUUUUCUCUUCCUUUUUCAAGAUAUUUUUAACUUUAUUAUAUGAGAAAAGAAAAUGAAAAAUCGGCGAAAAAAUGAAAAAUCGCUGCAAGUUUUUGUCCACCAGCUGUUUAUCUGAAUUAUGGAAUUAAGUCAGUGCAGCAAGACUUUGGUCCAA